ACCAUUUUAUUUCAUUUAUAAAAAUUUAAAUAUGUUCGAUAAGUGGCAAGAAAGUAUCCCGAAGAUUUCAGGAGAGUACAUGGCAGUCAUCCUCUGGUGGAUCGACAUUUGCGCCCCAGGAUGGGGAACCAUCGGAUCCUCAUGCCUCGGAGACCCCAACGUCAUCAUGGACCAAGUCAUUUGUGGAAUCUUGCAGAUCAUCACAUCCAUGUGCCUUGUCGGAUGGUUCUGGUCCGUCUGGUGGGGAGCCCUCAUUUACAAGAAGCACUGGGGUUAAACGAUGCAAGGAUAAGCGAAUUUAAUUCUACCAUUUCCCUACCCAGGAACUCUAAUCCUUCC